UUUAUCAAACAGAUGAUCUGCAUUUAUAUAGAUACAGAUAUAGAUAUAAAUAUAGAAGCUAUUUAUUUAUAUGAAAAAAACUUGUAGAGCUAUAGGAUUUGGGUAUGAAGUGAGAGUGUGUGUGAACCUAAAAAACAUCUUUAAAGAGGGAAAAAUGUAUGCUGUAGGGAGACUAAGUAGCUAUAUAACUAGGGGGGUGUCGACGGUUUCUGGCCCGUUUCAUCCAUUUGGUGGGGCCAUAGAUAUUGUUGUGGUUCAACAACAAGACGGUAGUUUAAAGUCUUCUCCUUGGUAUGUUAGAUUUGGGAAGUUUCAAGGUGUUUUGAAAGUGAAAGAGAGAGUUGUUGACAUUAAUGUUAAUGGGGUUGAAGCCGAUUUUCAUAUGUAUUUAAAUCCGAAAGGGGAGGCAUACUUUCUUAGGGAAGAUGUGGAUUCUGAGUCGAAAAGUAUGGAUUUUAAUUUUGGGAAGUGUAAUUCACUUAUGGAUGCUAACAAUGGUAAGUCUUUUUCUAGGACUUUAGGGUUUGCCCUUGAUAGGAAAAAUACGUAUGUUGAUGAGAGUUCUUCGAAUGAAGAUGGUAAGUCGAAUGAUGGUAGGAAGUCAGCUGAGAUUGCUGCCGAUCUUUUGGAAAAGAGGUGGUCUACUAAUUGUUGUAAUGGAACUAGUAAUAAACAUCACGGGGAAUGUAAAAAUGAUGAGGGAGAGGUUGUUAGUGGAAAAUUGGGGGCGAGUUUGGUUUUGCAUGAAGAACACUUUGUACAUAAAGCGAAAGAAGAUGAGAAAAACUCUCAAGUUGUUGCAGACGUUGAUAAAAUUACAGUAGCGAAUGUUGAUAAUGAUGGCAAUGUAGAAAUUUAUGAAAAAUAUGUGGGUUGUGUGGAAAAUAGUAUUUUGAAGGAAGAGAACUUGAAUGUGGGAUCGGAAAAACCUGAAGAUCAUUUAAACAUUGUACAAGAAAAUGUUACAGAGGUUUCAUGUAUUCCGCGAGAAAAAGUUUUGGAUGAAACUCAAAAGGGUAACUAUAUGAGGGAUGCUGAAGAAGUCAACUCAUCUUUGAAGUCAAAUGGUCAACUUCAAGACGAUUCUCCUUUGAAAAAGGAAGCACCGAAAGUAUUAGUUGAAGAGCAGUUUACAUUUGGUGACCUUGAUGAUAGAAAUCCACGGGUCAAUCUUAGGUCCACAAGUCCAGAUCAUGGGUCGGAUUCUUUUACGUAUACGUUUGAUCAUGAGAGCAUUGCAGAUGAUAUGGAAGGGGUGAAGGGAAAUAUUAAGAAGUUUCCAAGUGAGUCUGAUAUAGCUAAGGGUUAUAAACUUAUUGAAGAGCAAGAUGUAGCACGGACGAAGUCUUUGCCAAAUAUUUGGUCACAUUUUGAUGAUUCUUCGUAUUACACUGUUGAUCCCAAGCGAAGAUUCUCCAGGUGGGAUAUGCUUAGAAAAGAUGCUUCACGGAUCAUAAUUGAAGGUGGUAAACAACCGCCUCAUCUCCAGUCUGCAAAUUUCAAGUCUAAGAACGCUAUUUCAGGAGAUGCAUCAAAAAAUGGUGAUGACAGUGGUAAAAGCUGGAGCCUUUGGCCCUUUAAUAAAUCAAGAAAUAAAAAGUCCCAGAAAGAACAUUCAUGUAAAAAAGAUUCUGAUAUUGAUACUGGGUCAGAAUUGGACUUAGAAAAAGAUCCAUUAUCGAAGUCGAUUAAGUUGAAGAAAGAGCUUACUCCAACUCCAGAACAACUAGAGUCUUUGAAUCUUACAGAAGGGAAAAAUACAGUAACCUUCAAAUUCUCAACAGCAGUUCUUGGGGAUCAACAGGUUGAUGCCCGAAUAUUCUUGUGGAGAUGGGAUACCCACAUUGUCAUCUCAGAUGUUGAUGGAACAAUUACCAAAUCUGAUGUUCUAGGCCAAUUCAUGCCUUUGGUUGGAAAGGACUGGUCACAUAUCGGUGUAACACAUCUCUUUUCAGCUAUCAAGGAAAAUGGAUAUGAAAUUCUGUUUCUUAGUGCCCGGUCAAUCUCCCAAGCGGACAUGACUCGACAGUUCUUAAUCAGCCUUAAGCAGGAAGGGAAGACUCUCCCCGAGGGACCUGUUGUUAUUUCCCCUGAUGGGCUAUUUCCAUCACUUUUUCGUGAAGUUAUCCAAAGAGCUCCUCACGAAUUCAAAAUUGCUUGUUUGGCGGAUAUCAGGGCAUGUUUUCCAGCCGAUUGGAACCCGUUCUAUGCAGGUUUUGGAAACAGAGACACCGAUGAAUUUAGCUACCUUAAGGUUGGAAUACCAAAGGGAAAAAUCUUCAUCAUUAAUCCAAAGGGAGAGGUGGUUGUAAACCGUUGUAACGAUACAAAAUCAUAUAGUUCCCUUCAUACUGUCGUCGAUGGCAUUUUUCCACCUAAAUCCAUGCACAAGGAGGCCAAUACACCAAAAAAGGAGGCCGAUACACCAAAAAAGGAGGCUGAUACACCAAAAAAGGAGGCUGAAACACCAAAAAAGGAGGCCGAAACACCAAAAAGGGAAGCUGAUAUAUCAAAAAAGGAGGACAAUGAGCCAAAAAAGGAGGCCGAUACGCCAAAAAAGGAGACCAAUAUGCUAAAAAGGGAGGCCGAUGUGCCAAAUAAGGAGGCUGAUACAUCAGAAAGGGAGGCUGAUACGCAUUAAGGAGGAUUAUUACUCUCAGAACAUUUGGAAACUUACACACCUGAAUGAAGAUAUCAGUGAAAGGCCCGGUGCACUAGCCUCUCGGUAGCAUAUGGUAAGAGAUUCACUGAUGUAUAUUUGAUGUAAAUUUUGAUGCCCCGUCAUAACGCGUUGUAUAGAAUCUAGGAGAAACUGAAAAAAUGCAUUUAACACUCAGAAAACUAGUACAUACAAGUAUGUCAAAGUGGUUACCCAUCCAUUUUAUAAUUAAAUUUUAUUCCAAAAAGAGUUCUCUGAUAAAAACAAAUCAUGUCCCAGUC